AUGGAAGAUAAAUCUAAUGCAGAAAUAACGUGGAAAUUAAGAAGCCUUCCACCUGCACACUACACUUUUAAGAUUGAAAAUUUCUCUUUGCUUUCCGAUGCAAAAGCCGAGUGCUUUCAGAAGUUGUCUGUAUAUCCUGGAGGAAAUAAGGAAAAAAAUGGGGACGGAUACAUAUCGUUAUAUCUGGUGCUGUCCAAAUCCAAUGAACUCACUUUCAAUCAAGAGGUUAACGUAUAUUUCAAACUCUUCGUUUAUGAUUAUAUACGCGACAGUUACUGGACUGUACAAGAUGCCGAUGAGAAAGUAAGGCGGUUUCGUGGAGUAAUAAGAGAAUGGGGAUUUGACAAACUCGUUUCUAUCACUGAUUUCAAAGAUGGCUUGAAUGGGUACUUAGUGAAUGACUGUUGCAUUUUUUGUGCUGAGAUUUUGGUCAUUGAGAAUGCCAAUAAAGGAGAGUGCUUGUCCAUGGUAAAGAAGCCGGAAAACAAUACGUAUACAUGGAGAAUUGAAAACUUUUCAGCAUUGGAUUUAUUGUUUACCGUAUCCAAAGAGUUUGCUAUCGGAGGCCGUAAUUGGAGCAUUACUGUUUAUCCGAAAAGGAAUUCAAGAGCGAAAGACAAAAGCUUAUCCAUAUUUUUAGAUCUAAAGGAUAUUGCGACUUUUAAGCAUGGAAGAAAGUUGUAUACGGAAUUCAUGUUUCGAGUUAGGAAUCAACUUGUGGAAAAACAUCAUGAAAUGCAAGGUAUUAAUCAUCAGUUCGAAUCAAGUAAAAACUCUUAUGGUUACCAAAACUUUAUGUCUCUCAUUGAGCUCAAUGACAAAUCAAAAGGCUUUAUAUAUAAUAAUACUUUGGUGGUGGAAGUAGAAAUUCAAGCAUUGGUGGUGAUUAAAGGGCUGUCCUGA